AUGGGCAGCCUCGACACGGGCAAAUACGGCUCGGGCGUGCGCACCGUCGAUUUUGCUCGAUUCUUCAGCGACGACGCCAAGGUGCGGGCUCGGCUCUGCGAGGAGCUUGUCGGCUGCCUCGCCACGGUCGGGUUCGUCAAGCUGAUUAACCACGGCAUCGGCGGCGACGAAAUCCGUCAAGCGUUUGACAUUAACAGGCGCUUCUUCCGCCUCGCGCCCGAAGCCAAGGAAAAGGCAGCCCACCCCCCCGAGCCCAACCCGCAUCGUGGCUACAGCUACGUCGGCCAGGAGAAGCUGUCCAUGGUCAAGGACUACGAAAAGGGCAGCCGCGAGGUUUUGGAUGUGUUCGACGUCAAGGAAUCAUAUGACCAGGGACCGGCCGUCGACGAGUUGUAUCCCAACCGGUGGCCCGAUGAGGACGACGUGCCCGGCUUCCGGGCCACCGCCAGCAGCUUCUACCAGCGCUGCCACGAGGCCCACCAGGACAUCCUCCGGGCCCUGGCCAUGGGCCUCGGUCUCGGCGCGACGUUUCUGCUCGACCUCUGCGAGCCCAACUCGUCAGAGAUGCGCCUCAACCACUACCCCGGGGGCCCCGUGUCAGCCAUGGGCAGGGGCGCGAGACGCAUAUCCGAGCACACCGACUUUGGAACUAUGACUCUCCUGUUCCAGGACUCGGUCGGCGGCCUGGAAGUGGAAGACCAGAGACAGCCGGGCAGCUACUUUGCCGUGCCCCGCGAGAGCCCCGACGAGAUGAUUGUCAACGUCGGCGACUGCCUACAGCGUUGGACCAACGACGGCUUCCGCUCCGCGAGCCACCGCGUCGUCUUGCCCGACGACCAGGACGCCUGGGUGGACGACAGGUACUCGAUUGCUUAUUUUGGCAAACCCAGUCGCGCUCAGCCCGUGGGCUCCCGGCGCGAGCUGUUGCGGGAUGGCGAGGAGCCGCGCUACGAGAACAUGACGGCGUGGGAGUAUAACCAGGAGAAGCUCGUCCGCACAUAUUGA